AUGUCUCCAUACCGCCUAGUCUUUGAAAAAGCGUGUCAUCUGCCACUAGAAAUGGAGCACCUGGCAUACCGGGCUAUGAAACAGUUGAAUAUGGACUUGAGCGCCGCCGGUGAAAAGCGCCUACUGCAACUCAAUGAGUUAGAUGAGUUUAGAAUGGAAGCUUACGAAAAUUCAAAACUUUACAAGGAACGAACCAAGAAGUGGCACGACAUGCAUAUUCAGAGACUCAAACUUUUCCCAGGAAAACUAAGAUCAAGGUGGUCGGGUCCUUAUACUGUCACGAAGGUCCUACCAUAUGGGGCUAUACAAGUGAGCCAUGAGACUAAGGGUACCUUCACUGUUAAUGGGCAAAGACUGAAACACUACUGGGGUGGUGACUUCUCCAACCAAAAGUCCACCGUUCAACUUGAGAUGCCAGAAUGA